CUGCCCGCCCGCGGGAUGCUGGCGCUGAGCGCCGCCCGCCGCCUGCUUCGCCCGCCCGGGGACCUGCUGCCGCCGCCGGGGCUCGCCUGCAUGUGGGCGGCCGGUGCCCGCGGCUGCAGCGGGGCCGGCGCCGGCUCGCCGAACCCGGUGGUGUACUUGGAAGUGGGCGCUGACAACCAGCCGCUGGGACGCGUCGUGCUGGAGCUGAAAGCUGACGUGGUCCCAAAGACAGCAGAAAACUUCAGAGCUCUUUGUACUGGUGAGAAAGGAUUUGGGUAUAAAGGAUCCACUUUUCACAGAGUGAUUCCUUCAUUUAUGUGCCAGGGUGGUGACUUUACAAAUCAUAAUGGAACUGGUGGAAAAUCCAUUUAUGGCAGUAGAUUUCCAGAUGAAAAUUUCAUACUUAAGCAUGUAGGACCUGGUGUUCUUUCAAUGGCCAAUGCAGGACCCAACACAAACGGAUCCCAGUUCUUCAUUUGCACUGCAAAAACUGACUGGCUAGAUGGAAAGCACGUUGUUUUUGGGCAUGUAAAGGAAGGAAUGGAUGUAGUGAAAAAAAUCGAGAGCUUUGGUUCCAAGAGUGGAAAGCCUUCCAAAAAGAUUGUCAUUACUGACUGUGGCCAGCUGUCCUAACCUUUUGCCCUGCCCUUCAUGACUACUGAGAUGCUGUGAAAAAUGAAUCAUAAAAACACCCAAACAUUUCUUAUCUCACAAGUAGCACCUAUGGAACCAUGUUUUUUAUUUAACUUGGUCCAGUUUUUAUACUUAUAUUGCAUAAUAUUGAUUGAAAUAAUAACUGAAGCAUGUUGUAACUGCACCACCUGGUAGUCACACUGGUUUGGUAGAGUUCUCUUGUGUUUUGCAAGAAGUGCUAAAGUCACCCAAGGUGUAUCUGACUCUAGUGUUGAUACUGUCAUUAGUAUUUGGAUGUUUGAGGUGUUAGAAUGGGUGGUGGAGUUGACCGCAGGGGUUCUGCAGUUGUGGGUUAGGUAUAAAUUGAGAAGUGCUGUGUUUUCUUUGGUGCUAAUAAGUGCUUAUUCUGUUGUUCGUCUUGCCAUUUUGAAGCAAUGCUACUGACCAGUGCUCUCAAGGCUGUCUGCAACAACCCUGGCAUUUUCUUUGUGUCUCAGAUAAAUUCUAUCCAAUAGAUUUAAUGAGCAACUGUGGGUUUCUUAAAAAUUAAUUCUGGUUUAGUCUUCUUAUAGUCUCAGACUGCUUUUUAAAAGUAAACCCUACCUUACCUGCUUGAGUGGAGCGAUUUGACUUUUGGAUUAAGCAAAUUGCUUUAGGUUGAGUUAGGCUACUACUGAAGCUCUACCUGGCAAUAAGACCUCACC